AUGAGCGCGGCGACCGAGCGCGAACGGUUGACGAACGCGAACCCGAACGCGCGAGGGAAGGAUAACUCCGGCGCGGCGAUUCGACAGAGGUUUCUGAAAUUUUACGAGACGCGCGGACACGCGGUGCUGCCGUCGAGUUCGUUAGUCCCGGAGGAUCCCACGGUGUUGCUCACGAUUGCGGGAAUGUUGCAAUUCAAACCGGUGUUCAUGGGACAGCGGGAGCGCGCGCACGAGAGGGCGACGACGACGCAAAAGUGCGUGCGGACGAAUGACAUUGAAAACGUCGGCGUCACGGCGAGGCAUCAUACGUUUUUUGAAAUGUUGGGGAAUUUCAGUUUCGGGGAUUAUUUUAAGAAGGACGCGUGCCAGUGGGCGUGGGAGUUGGCGACUGGGGAGUUUGGGUUGAACCCCGAGCGGGUUUGGGUGAGCGUGUUUCGCGAGGAUGACGAGGCGUUUGCGAUUUGGCGCGACGUCGUGGGCGUUCCCGAGUCUCGCAUUAAGCGCAUGGACGAGAAGGAUAACUUUUGGGCCGCCGGUCCCACGGGCCCGUGUGGGCCGUGCUCGGAGCUGUACUACGAUUUUUACCCAGAACGUGGGCUCGAGGGUGCGGAUUUGGAUGAUGAUUCACGAUUCAUCGAGUUUUACAACUUGGUCUUCAUGGAACUCAAUCGCGACGCCGACGGCGGCGUGACGCCGUUGAAGAAUAAGAAUAUCGACACCGGCAUGGGUCUCGAGCGCAUGGCGCAGAUUCUUCAAGGCGUGCCGAACAAUUACGAAACAGAUUUGAUAAUGCCCAUCAUUAAUAAAGCGGCGUCGAUGGCUGGGAUCGAUUACAACGCGUGCAACGACGUGCAAAAGCAGCAGCUCAAAGUCAUCGGCGACCACACGCGAGCGGUGAGUUACAUGAUUUCCGACGGCGUUUUCGCCUCGAAUAUCGGGCGUGGGUACAUCGUUAGACGAUUGCUUCGCCGAGUUGUGCGAAACGGGCGUUUGCUCGGGAUCAAGCCCGAAGAAGGGGCGAGCGCGUUCACGCCGGCCAUCGCCGAAGUCGCGAUUUCCAUGUCGGAAGGUUGCGAUCCGCAAGUCGCUAAGAACUCGGCGCGCAUUCUCGCCGAGCUCGAGCGCGAGGAAUUGAGCUUCCAGAAGACACUCGGUCGUGGCGAAGAGAUGCUCGCUGAGCUCAUCGAGACGGCGAAGAAGACAAAGACGGGGUUGAGCGGCAAGGAUGCCUUUACGCUGUACGAUACGUAUGGCUUCCCGCUUGACAUCACCGCGGAUGUCGCCACUGAAGCUGGUAUCACGGUGGACUUGGAAGGUUUUGAGAGUGCGAUGGCCGAGCAGCGUUCGAUGAGUCAAGCCGCACAUCAAACUGUAGACGUCACCGCUGGGAAUGCGUUGGCGCGAGUCGCGGAUGAGCUCGGGGCGAAGAGCACCUUCAUUGGGUAUGAAAGCACGUCGAGCGAUGUUUCCAACGUGUUGGCCAUCGUUUGCGGGGGAGAAUCCGUGGAGGAAGCGCCGGAGGGUGCCAAAGUGGAUAUAGUCUUAGAUGUCACGCCGUUCUACGCCGAAAGUGGUGGUCAAGUGGGUGAUAACGGCGUGCUUCACACCGCCGACGGCGCGACGCUGGAGGUGUCGGAUGUGCAAAAGGCCGGCGGCGGUCGCAUCAUCGUACACACGGCCACCGUGACGAAGGGCUCGAUCAAGAAGGGCAGCCAGGUAACCGCGAACGUGGACGAAAACUCUCGCCGACGCGCGAAGAGCAAUCACACCGCCACGCACUUGCUUCAAUCCGCGCUCAAGAAGGUUCUCGGAGAAGACGUCUCCCAAGCCGGUUCGCUGUGCGGUUUCGACCGCCUUCGAUUUGAUUUCAAUUCUCCCAAGGCGCCGACCGAGGCUCAACUUUUGGAGGUCGAAAACUUAGUUAACGGAUGGAUUUCGCAAAGCGCGGCUUUGACCGCGGAAGAGAUGCCCAUCGCCGCCGCAAAGGACAAAGGAGCGACGAUGAUGUUUGGCGAAAAGUACGGUGACGUCGUGCGCGUCGUCGACGUGCCGGGCAUCUCCAUGGAACUUUGCGGUGGCACGCACGUGUCUAACACAGCUGAAAUCGGAGGCUUCAAAAUAUUGAGCGAAGCUGGCAUCGCGAGCGGCAUCCGACGCAUCGAAGCUGUCGCGGGUGCGGGCGUGGUUGAGCUUUUGCAGCAACGCGACGCCGUGGUGAAGCAGCUCGCCAGCGCAUUGCGCGUGCCGCCGGAGGAAAUCACGGGUCGCGUGUCGAGUUUGCAAGAAGACUUGCGCGCGACGCAGAAGCUCGCAGAGUCUCUGAGAGGGGAAUUAGCCGUCGCCAAGGCUGGUGCUUUGGUGUCUCAAGCUCGCGAAGUUGGCGAGGCGAAGGUGCUCGUGGCGCGUCUCGACGGCGUCGAUCCCGCCGCGCUCAAAGUCGCCGCCGAAAACCUCGCGGCGCAGCUCGGUGACGGCGCCGCCAUCGUGCUCGGCAGUGCAAAUGGUGCAAAUGUCGGUCUCGUCGCCCUGUUUGACGACAAAGUUCAAAAGGAUGGCGGUCUUAAAGCCGGUCAAGUCCUUGGCGCCGCGGCGAAGAAGUGCGGCGGCGGCGGCGGUGGGAAACCGGGAUUUGCCCAAGCCGGCGGUCGCGACGCCACGCAACUCGACGCCGCCUUAGACGAAGCUCUCACCACAGUCACCGCCGCUUUAUCGCCAAAGUAAACCAACGUCACCG